GUUCCCUCCUCCUUACUUUAAUGCUAGCUAAGAUGGUGGUUUGAGCGUAAAUUGUCUUGACAAUACUAAGAAAAGAAAAGGGCAAAAUAGCUUUACAGCCUUUUAGUUACGGUAGAUCAGUACGCCUACGGUUAUCUUAAGUGACCGUUCAGACAAAAAAUUGAUAUUUCAGAUACGUUGACUCGCAGUCCCCGCCCAAUUUGGUGUGACUCCCUUGGAGUGGAAUCUUUAGCUAAAUACGGACAGGACCUGUGACCAGCAUCAAUACUCACGCUUGCCACACCGUAGGAUGUCCCACAGCCCUGACAUGAAGGACGACCCCAUGGAGUGCCCAUUGUGCAUGGAGCCACUGGAGAUUGAUGAUGUCAACUUCUUUCCUUGCACCUGUGGGUACCAGAUCUGCCGCUUUUGCUGGCACCGCAUUCGCACAGAUGAGAAUGGUCUCUGCCCUGCCUGCAGAAAGCCAUAUCCAGAGGACCCUGCUGUAUACAAGCCUCUGUCACAGGAAGAGAUUCAAAGGAUAAAAAAUGAGAAGAAGCAGAAACAGAAUGAGAAGAAGCAGAAGGUGACAGAAAACCGCAAGCAUCUGGCCAGUGUCAGGGUGGUCCAGAGAAACCUGGUGUUUGUUGUGGGGCUCUCACAACGACUUGCUGACCCCGAGGUCCUAAAACGGCCAGAAUAUUUUGGGAGGUUUGGGAAAAUCCAUAAAGUGGUCAUCAACAAUAGUACAUCUUACGCAGGUUCACAGGGGCCGAGUGCCAGCGCUUACGUCACUUACAUACGAUCUGAAGAUGCAUUAAGAGCAAUACAAUGUGUGAACAAUGUAGUUGUUGAUGGUAGAACACUCAAGGCUUCUUUAGGCACAACAAAAUACUGCAGUUACUUCCUCAAAAGUAUGCAGUGUCCCAAACCCGAUUGUAUGUAUCUACAUGCUGGGGAUGAAGCAGCUAGCUUUACUAAAGAAGAGAUGCAGGCGGGGAAACACCAGGAGUAUGAGCAGAAACUUCUCCAAGACCUCUAUAAAAUUAAUCCUAGCUUUCUACAACCCCCCACAUGUGGAACAGAAAAGUCGAAGAGUAAAUCCAGCUCUGCACAGAGAACCAGCAAUAGCAAUGGCAAAGAUGGGUGGCCAAUGCUGUCGGGGCAUAGCAAACUGGCCAACGGGCUAUCAGAGGACCGCAAGUCCCCUCCACUGCUAGACUGCUAUCUAGACCAAGAAGUUCUUACUUCAGAUGGACUAGAUGCAGAGCUGGGUCCUGGCCAGCAUUCUGCCUUGUCCCCCUUCUCAUCUAAUUGUGACAGUAACAGUCCCAGUGAUAAACCAUCAGAGACAGUUGGCUUGGUGAACGGAGAGACUUUACAACAGAUACCCAGCAGUGACUCCCCCUCCCCUCCUCCGGGUUUAACCAAACCCAGCUUAGUGGUGCCCAUCAGCAUGUCAGACCUCACAGCCCGUUCACCCUUUGAGGGUGCAGCAGCUGAGUCUCAGUCACUCUUUUCAGACAACAGUAACUUCAGACACCCUAACCCUCUCCCUGCGGGCCUUCCACCCUUCCCCAGCUCCCCACGAGGCAGUUCUGAUUGGCCCAACCCUGAACCACAGAGCCUCUUCACAUCAGAUACAAUACCAGUGUCGUCUUCAACAGACUGGCAGGCAGCCUUUGGCUUUGGUUCAUCUACCAAGCAACAGGACGAUGACCUGGGCUUCGAUCCUUUUGAUGUGACUCGCAAAGCUUUGGCAGACCUAAUAGAGAAAGAGUUGUCUGUUCAGGAUCAGGGCCCCUCAUCCCCAGCUCCCCAUGGAAGUAAACAUGGUCCCAACUUGCCACCUUCCAACCCAAACCCCAGCACUUCUCACCACUUUCCCAGCGGUCUCCCACGCCUCCCCCAGCUACACCACAGAGCCAUGUACAGCUCCUUCAGCUUUCCCGGUAGUCAGAACAACCAGAGCAGUCAGCAGCAGCCAACUGCCAGACACGCAUGGAUGGGCGUCCCCACACGAAAUAACCUCAGUCACUUGAACCAUUCAGCCAGUGCUGCCUCACACAGUAAUUUCUUGGACCUGAAUUUACCCCCUCAGCACAACACAGGACUGGGAGGGAUCCCCAUUUCAGAGAACAGCAGCUCAAUAGAUGGCUUAAAUGUGAAAGAGUGGCAGGAUGGUCUCAGAGCUCUGCUGCCCAAUAUUAAUAUCAACUUUGGGGGUCUCCCAAACUCUUCUUCCUCUUCAUCCUCCUCAUCCUCGAACAGUGUUAACCACAUCGGUGGGCCAGCAGGCAUCUCACACAGCCUUAGCUGGGACAGCACAGCCAGUUGGAUGGACCCAGCCAUCAUCACAGGUAUCCCUGCUUCGGCAGGCAACAGUUUAGACUGUCUCCAGGACGACAACCCACCACACUGGCUCAAGUCACUGCAGGCACUUACAGAGAUGGAUGGCCCAGCCAGCUCAGCAGUGCCCCCUUCCCAGCCCCUCCACAGUGGCCUCUUGGACGCCCACAUCCCCCUCCACCACAGAGCCACCGGUGGCUGGGCUCCCUACCUGCCCCCUCCCACAGCCAACCCUGCCAGCCAGUUCCACUCCCCUCCCCCAGGCUUCCAGACCGCCUUCAGACCCCCAGGACAGCCCACCACAGAGUUGCUACAGAGUGCUGCUGUGGACCGUCACUGAACACAGACUACAGCAGGCAGGCACCCAUUGGUUCCCCACAACCAUGUUAUAUUCACUCAUCCUCUCCCCUGCCCCCCUCCCCAUGCAACACACAACGAAUCUGCAGAAUAUGAAAAUUAUUAAAGUAACAAACAUGCUUUCUUCUUCUUCCUCUUCCUCCUCCUUUUUUGUCGACUCUGAAGGCCUCUUUGUUUUUGUUCGUGGCACACAAGUUAUCAGUACCUUUUGUCUGCUGCCAUUACCACUCCUUAGGCAUAGUUCUGGGAAUACCAUGGAAAAGUUUGGGAUUGUGUAGCUUACUGUUACGAAGAGCACAACGGUGUAGCAGGAGCACCCAGCGGUGACACCAGACUUAACUCCACAAACUGCGAAUAAACAAAUUAGCUGAAGGGAGGUCUUUUUAAAGUAACUAACAAUUAAGCAUGAACAUUUGUGUUUGAAAGUUGUCACAAUAACUUUUGAGGAAUGAAGUAAGCUGUGAAUCUGCUCUUGAAGCUUUGCCCCAAAGACCCCCGUCCUCCCCAAUUAACGCAGGAGACUGAAACGGUUCAAACACAGCUGCGUCCCCGCUAGCUGUAAAUACAUACAAGGUGAGACAGAGAGAGAACGGUUUGGCACUUAGCUUUUUGAGAAUGAUUUUUAAAGGAAGGAAAGAUAGAGUUGAGUGUAGAUGCCAUAAGGGAGCUGGGGGCACCCUGUUAGGUAGGACACAAAUGGCCCACUUCAGAGGCUGCUUGGACUACAUUCCCUUAGUAGAAGGGCCCCAAAGGCCCGUCCUGCUGGAGGGACGUUUUUGCUGAACCUCUGUAUCAGAGGAUAGAGCACUGUCUCACCACAGGGAGCCAGGGCUUUGUGAGGCUUGUGGCACACAUCCUGAGCACUAGGGUUAGACUGAUACAGUGCCACCAUGUGGUACCUGCAGUAGCUAGCCCUGACAUGGACAGCCACCAGGAAAUGGAUGGAUGUGACUUGUAAUAAUGUCAGAACAGGGUUAACAGGAUACCAUUUGUUUAGCCCCAAGGCCUUAAAAUGGACACACAAGGCAACAGCGCUUCAGUUGUUUCAGGAGGAGACGAGUGUGGUGGUUGCUGGGGAAAAUGCGCAACAUUACUUGCAACCUCAGCAACUAUGUACCAUAAAGGAAGGUGCUGACUAUACUCAGUGUUGUAGUAGUGAUUUUUAAGGAGCUCCCAGCCUUCGGGAUUUGAGACCGGCCUCUUCCACCACAGCCUUUUCUUUUUGAAGUCUUAAUUCUAUGAUCGCUCUGUCUCUCCCUUCUUCCACCCCCCCCCCCCCCCCCCCCGUUCCCUAUGAAACAGUAUUCACACAAAUCAAAUGAGCAAAUUCAUCCAGGAGAAUCCAACAGUCAUACAAUGGCUUUUAACAUGAUGAGAAAAAAAAAAAUUGAGACGCCUAAAGGAAGUGAACUGUCCUCUGCAGGUCUGGGAAAA